AUGCGAAUCAAUUUUCGUCCAUUCCGGAGCCAGGAUUUGAAGCCAGGGAAUAUAUAUAUACCGGUGAAUCGCAUCGAAACCUCAACAGUAUUCCAUCAGCCAUCAAACGACGAAUACGUGUCUGCCUGCAAUAGUAGCCAUACAAGCCAUCAAGCCUGCAUUAUCAUGAAAAAUGUUUUGCUCCCUGUUGAACAUGGUGUUUAUACACUUAAAGAAGCCGGUCACCACUACUGCUUUUCUGAGACUACGCUUCGCCAAGCAGUUGCAAGAAGAAAUGGGAGUAAAACAAUGCGAGUACGAACCAGCGAGAGAGAUUUAGCUGCGAACAAACUUAGAAGAAUAAUGGACGCAAACAAAGAAAAGUUUUCCCUCCUGUUAUCAGUCAUACAAGAUACAAACCAUUCAUACUCCGGCAACAAAUGGCUUUGA